UCUGAUGAUAUACCUGGGUAGCUAGCGGCUCAGUUCGGUAAUGUACUUGAACUUGAGUGCACCGUGUCUGUAGCGUCAAAUCAGUUUGCGAUCAAUAGUUCAGAACCUUUGUAGACCCCUCAGCAGUUUUUUGAGAUAUCGAUUAGGAGCGCGAGAUGUUUUCGUGCGGACUCCUGAUCGCCCUGCUGGUGCUGUACAUCAUAUGGGAUGUUAACUAUUUCAUCCGCUGCGUGGCUACCCUCGGAUAUGGGAUUAUUUUUCAACGCAAACGUAAGGUCACCGAUAAAACUACGAUUUACGGUUUGUGUACAACGCAGGAUGUUGAUAUCUUUAUCCGCCACAUGAACAACGCUCGGUACGUUCGUGAACUGGAUUUUGCCCGCUUCCAUUUCUACGCUCUGACCGGUAUCUACGGCAAAAUCAAAGCGAAAGGCGGCGGUGCUGUUCAGGGAGCUUCAAGUGUCCGGUACAGGCGAACCAUUCCCAUCUUCAAUGCCUACAAGAUAACAACUCGUUUGGUAUGGUGGGAUGAUAAAGCCAUCUAUCUGGAGCAGCAGUUCAUCACCUUAGGCGAUGGAUUUGUGAGGGCUGUGGCCAUGUCCAAACAAUGCAUCACAAAGGUCAACGUUAUAGAGCUUAUGAAGCAGUUCCCCGGAACCGAAAAACAACCGGAGAUGCCAGCAGAACUUCAACAGUGGCUAGAAUCUAUCGAAACCUCUAGCCAAAAGUUAAGGAAAGAAAAGUAGAUAGCUAGGUACUCAGAUGGCAGAAAUUCAAAGGCUAAUAUAGGGUUUCGGAUCAAUAACUUGCAAAUGUUUAUGUAAGGAAUGUUAUAAUUUAGCGAUUUAAGAACUUAAGUUACCUUAUGAUAAUUUUGAUUAUAAGGGUGUAUAAAAAUGAUAAAUAGCACGAAAGAACAUACAGUAAAAAUGUUAAAAUUUUACUAGGUUUUCAUUAAAUAAAGGUAGGUAAUACAAAACAGCUGUUACUGAUUGGAAAGACUUACCCGUAUCUACAGUUCCAAAAGGAGUCGUUUUAAAGUUGCUCGUAUCAACACUUAUUACUUCUAUUUACAGCCGAAUGGUUCGAAUACGAUGGUUCCUUCCGGUUCAAGACAUUUCUUGAGCAGAUUCACAUAGUGAACCAAAUAGCUAGCCAAAUUUUCCUCAACAUAUAGUAGUAAUCUACGUUCACUAUCGUCCGGACAAACCUCUUCACCCUCGAUGAUGGGUACAUCUUCUAGGAGCAACAAUGGCUGGUGCUGACAACCAUCGUCUUCCAUUGCUAUGGACACUUGUUUAGUGUCUUCAGAAGGGGAAACCACAGUAACAUCGGUUUCCUCCAAAGGUUGGGUGGAAUUGUAAUCCAAGUUUCCUACACCAACUCCCACAAAGCCCGAGAGUCCUAGUGAGGGUGGAGAACUUUCAACAGUCAUUUGGCGAAUUUGUUGGACGUUGAAAGUUGUGACCGGAGGCGCCACUGUUGGCAAUGUGUAGGACGAAAGCUUUGGCAGCUGCAUCGUUGAUUCUUGUACAAACUGGUAGGUUCGACUGGAUAUAGGAUAGCUCUGAAAAUAUUCGUAUGAAAAUAAAAAUGCCAUAGUUGGGGAAUAUGUGUUUGUUCCUCAACUUACCAUGUAGUCCUGGGGUGGGGGUGGCAGUUCUGGUCUUAUUCUUAGCACAACCAAUUGGGAAUCGGCUACAUCGAUAGUUGGAAAAACGGUUUUCAAACCCAACACCUCUAAAAAUUGGCCUUGAUCUGCAUCCAGUAAAACUAAUGUUCCUUGGUAGAUUGCAACCACUACCAAUUUGUAUAGGCCACGAUUGACAUGGGUGGCCUGAACUGUAAACAGUAAUCGCCCUUCACAGAGUGCUUGAGGUUCCCAAAGAGCCUUAUACGGUAUUGGAUCAAGUCGUUGGAUGGGUUGUUGAAUAUAUUUUGGUGAAGGUAGAGUGUUAUAGCCAACGCUGUGAAGCAUUCCUUGACCAGUAAGAGCUACCAGUUCAGCAGCGCCACUUAUUGGUUUUGUAAAGGCUCCCACAAUUCCUUUUCCAACACCAGUAACAACGUCUAUUGGGCUUCUUGCCUGAAGAGGGUGAUGUGCUAGUCCGCCAACAGCGCCUAAAAUGCUUAUGCCCAGUCCUGUUAAUCCUUGUGUGAAACCUUCAGUCAUACCUUGAGGUCUUCGCCUUCGAAGGGCAUCAGUUCGUUGCACGUGUUCUGUGUCCAGCGUCAAGCGAUCCAAGUUCCGGGCAACCGAGGUUGCCAACUUGGUUACAGAGUUUACCGUUCCAGCGGUUAUAUUUCGAACCAGCGAUGUUGAGCCAUGCGUCAAGCCCACCAAGAAACCCCAUGGUCCUCGGAACAAUCCUUGCACAGGUAGGGAUACAAAAUCUCGUAACCCAUUGGUGACUGAUCUUGCCAAACCACUUGGGCUUCCUAGUAUUUCCAGUGAUCCUAUUACCCAUCCUCCACCAAAUAUAGCGCCUGAUAAAUAAUGCAUUCCGAGCGUAUUUCCCAGGCGCACCGGCAAGGAAAUUAUUUGUCUCCUUUCAAAGGCAGAAAAGUCUAAAGGACUGUGAUCUAGUGCUAUGUACAAACGCAUACAGGUAUGAACAGAUAAUAGUACGUGUAAAGGUUCUAUCCUUAUAAAACGAAAUUUGAUUGGAUCUGCUAAGUAAGAAGAUUGCUGGCUAACCAAUUUAGGAAUCAACACAAAACCAGCUGGACAAAGUGUCCUAUCUACAGGUUGCUCUGGUUGAUAAAUAAGGUUUAUAGGCAGACACUCCAUAAGGUAAUCCAACAACACGUUUAUAUACGUAUCUUCUAUGUACGCCCUUAUGGGAUUGAUCUUAAAUCGCACUCCUUCCACGUUAGUCCAGCUUUCGGGGUUUAUCUCUAAAUAAAUUCCACACAAGGCAUCUUUGGCUAAUUCCUCUAAGCAUUCUUCCAAGCGGUGCUGGUUUGGUAUCACUGUUGAUUUCUGUUGUUUGCGUUCGUGGUCCUCACUACAAAGCACUACUGGAAAAUCAUAUUCUCCAGCGCAGUAUAGCUCAUUAUCGACCUGAAGAUUCACAAACUGAAUCAUUGCUUUAUUUUCCUCAGCCGAGUUUAGUUCGACCCCGAUCCGAUCUAAGUUAAUCGAUAUAAGAUUGUUCUUGGAACAGUUCCGUUGCUCUUGGUCAUUGAAAAGUGUGACAUUGAACGAUUUAAAAAAACCACGAAAUGAAAUUCGUUUCGACGGAAGUGCUGUUGCUCUGUGAUCAAUGAAAGCGCUACUCGUUGAAGGUUUUUGAUGCACACUUGGUUGAUUUUCUCUCUUAACUUCGGAAUCGGAUUGAUCUGUAGACAAAGGCAGUGGAUUCAGCAAUCUUGUACGGAUAUCCUUGGCUGAAAAUUCUAGAUCCUGAGAAGAAUCAAAUAAAUAGUAAUAAAAAAUUUAUUUCUAUGAUCAGGGGUUAAUCAUACCUGACUGAUGUACUCAAUUAUUAUUUCAGUGCUACGGUUCUUCAAACUGGCAGCCAAUUUGAGAUCUCCAUACAGUGGCACGUUCAAGAAAAUGUUUUUAUUCUCAUCGAGCUUCACAGGAUGGGACCAUCGAAUCGCGCUUCCUGCAAGAGAUAAGAGGACGUGUCAAACUAAGCAAAUGAUAAAAAUGUAUAACGAACACUUACCGCUAACGCAUGCAAAAAUAAGUGAUAAUUCCUGUUCCUGUACUUCCGGGAAUGUAGUAUCCACUUCCGGUGGGGUGUAGAAAACGGUCUGCCGUGAGCCAACAAUUUGAUACCACACAAAGUUGGAAUCCGCAGCACAUUCAGGGACAGGUGCCGCUGGCUUAUUGGAAUUGUUAGAAUCGGCUUGGGCAACGUAAAUGUUGAAAUCGGUUCGAUUCUCAAUCGAAAAACAUGGACAUGGAUCGUCGUAGAUGGAGAUGAACGACUGUCCCUGGUGAGUGAUGAUGGAAAGAGCCAACGGAACGUACCGAUCGUCACACUGGACGGAGAAACUUUUCCGGGAUAGGGGUUGGUUGAGGAGUAUCGGUGCGGAAAAGUCGUUACCAUCGUCUUGGUAUAACGUUAGAUAACAGUUAUAAUUGCUUGAUGCCUUCAGUCUGUUUUUGUGCUUGGAUAGGUUGUUCAAUAUGGUAACUGCAGUUCCUUGAGGGCUGGAAAAAGGGAAGCAAACGUAUGAUGUAAUCAGUCCGACGUGUCUGAAAGUUGAUCAUGUAGUGAAUAGGAAUAGCGAUAUACUAAAAAAAAUACAAAAAUAUACUAACACUAUUUCGAUAAAGAGCAUAAACCAAUGUUUUUAGAAAUACUCCUUGGCAUGAACAAUAAGCAAAUAUUGUCCCAAGUAACACCGAUAGUUUCAUAAGAUGCCUCUAUAUAAAUCCAAAACUUUAUCUAGAAGCCUGCUUUAAAACUUUAAAUGUUGAUUGGGGUCCUACGUUAUUAAAUGAAAAACUUUGUUAAAUUUGAGAGAAAUCUCAUAACAUAUUAAAGCGUAUUAAGAAAGACUAUAUAAUCGCAAGCUUUCGAAAAAGGGCCCAGUAAACCAUUAAGCCCUGUAAUAAGCCGCACAAAAGACAAAUAACAGCACUUCAGUGCUUAUAAGCCGAAUAGAAUGGUUUCAAAUGUUUAUAGGCACUGUGGGAAUGACAUCAACUAAAUUAGCCGUAUAUUGGCUUCUAAGCUGCGCGUCAGGGCUUUCAAGCCCUGUAACCAUUAGCUGAGGGAACUAAACAUCUAUGCCGAUUUGCGGCUUUGUUCAUAAUAUCUGGGGCCUGGAAGAACAAAAGAAAAUACAAAUCAUUUGUUUACAAAAGUUUUCGCGAUUGCAAUUAAGUUUCCUAGCGGACAAAUUUCUCGCAACAACUCGUCUCCAGAGCCGGGCAGGAAAUCGAACCCACCGAUAAGAUGCUUUGAAUCAGAUUCGGCAUACAAUUGGGCGAUUAUGGAAAUGGUGCUGAAAUGUGGAAUGUGGAUUAGCCGCCGCCGACCGAGGCCUAGAGGAUAGCGUUCAAGUCUUCUAAGCCAGAGGUCAUGAGAUCAAGUCUUGGUCACGGCAAACAUAGUACUCUUUCUGUGGGCUGGUGGUGUUAGCAUUAGUAAAAUGCUAGCCAUUAUAUCCUUGAAAGAUGUACGCUUAGUCUUAAGUAGAAUUUAGAUCUCUUCAAAGAAACAUGAAGUUUCACUGAGAUCCUAUAUGUGUGUGUUCGUUUUUAAUGUAUUAACCAGUAGUUGUGCAGUAAGUGAAACGAUCACAGGCUACGCUAAGACAAUAUUCGCGGAGCCGCAGAGCCACAGUUUCAUGCGGGUUGUUAAUUACGCAUUUAUUGUAAAAUCAGAUAAUUAAUAACUACUUCCAAUUACCUCCAGUUAGGACGGAUAGUUGCGACUACAGCUAGAAAGGUAGUGCGAAGCAUUCCGGUUUUCGAUCGAACGUAUUUUUAGUAUCGCCUGACAAACGUCUUUUGCUGCGAAAGGCAGGCGUUCAAAGCAUACUUACUUACUUAAUGUUCCCGCGCCAAUCCUCCGGUGCAUAGGACCGUGGUAAAAGAACUCCACUAUUGACGAUCCGGAGCCAGCGUCUUCACUUGGUUCCAGUCAAGAUUCUCGUCGACAGUUCGUAUUUCAGUGGCUAGGCUUCGCCGGUCUACCUCUUUUUCGAUGUCCCUCUGGAAUCCAUUCAAGCUCCUCUCUGCAAAUCUAAUCCUUUCGCAGCGUGUGCCCAAUCCAUUGCCACAAAAUUCUACAAACAGCUCUCUGUUUUCGCUCAUCUGUCCUAGACCAUAGCGCCCCAGGAUGCGCUCAAGGUCCUGAUUGUCGGAGUGUCACCCUUCGGAAUCUUCUCAACCACGCUGUUCUUUCUCCUGCAAAUCAGCAACGUCAGUUGGGGCAUAACACUGGACCAUUGUAAGGUUUCUAACCCGUGUUUUAAAUCUGGCUACGAUUAUUCUUUCGUUUAUCGGUUCCCAUACAAUGAGGGCCGCAUGGGCCUGCGGGCUUAACAGGAAACCAACUCCUCGUUCCCGAGUAGCGUUUUCUCCUCGUAUGACAGAUUAAAGCAGGACUUGCUCGGACUGUGUCUUGUGUUCUACAGUGUUAGGCCAACGGACUUCGCUGAGUCCCAAAUUUCUAGCUUGAGGCGGCUAGCUUCUCUAGUAAGUUGAGCCAGCUUGCCUUGUUGGGCAAGGGUUAAAACGUUCCAUGUUUCAAUUCGUAUCCGUGUUCUCAUGCUGAAAGUCGUCGCCAAAGUUCCAGGUAGGUAAUUUCUUUCGGAUUCCGUCACAAUUUUAUAAAUCGGGAGCAGUGUGUUGUUAGCCCCCGGGGAGGAAGACUGAUAUUAGCUGUGUAGGAUAAUGUACUAGAACUGGAAAUAAUAAUAAUAAUAAUAAAUAAAAAAAAUAUAUAUAGUUAAAUUUAAUACAAUAUUUGUCCGUUGGUAACCCUAUGCACUUUUGGUCUGAAACCCAUAGCAACGCGAACGCGCGUUCUGGUAAGAAGAAAAGAAAGAAAAAAAUCCACUCGCGUUUUCCUCUGCCCACCCGAGUAUUUUAAACGUGACGCGCGGGUAUCACUCGCUAUAAAUAAAGCAACCUGUUCGCUUAAGACGUCAUUCUGAAAUCGGAGCUCUUAUGAGCAACAAGUAGUGCUUGUGCUUGGUGGUCCGUAUCAAAGGUUCGCAUCAAAGAUCCGCAUCAAAGGUCCGCAUCAAGGGUCCGCAUCAAAGGUCCGCAUCAAGGGUCCGCAUCAAGGG